CUUCGCUAUUCAAGCGGUUGAGAGGGCGGACAGCUGAGGCCAUGGCGGACAGUUACAGUUCUGACAGCGAACCUACGACGCGCACACUGCUGCGGCACGUGCUGGAUACAGCGGACCCACGCACUCCGCGACGACCCCGGAGUGCUCGGACGCGUGCCCAGGGAGCGCUACCUGAAACACCCUCCCUCAGGAGGCGGAGCAGCCAAACAAAGAUGACAGCCAGGAGGAGUUCCCGUAGAACCAGGUCUACUGGCAGAUCGACUCAUAUCCAAGCCAGUGGGUACCUGGAAGAGCAGACGCCUCGAACUCUCCUGAAGAACAUCUUACUAACUGCCCCAGAAUCUUCCAUUGUGAUACCAGAACCAGUGGUAAAGCCAGUUCCAGCACCACAUGUUGUCCAGCCCUCAAGACUGGAAAAUAGCCGGGGCAGCCUGGAACUGCAACUUCCUAAGCUUGAGCCAUCCACAGCCCUAGCUCCAGGUGUGCUAGCUCCUGGCAGGAAGAAGCAGAGGCUGAGAUUAUCAGUGUUUCAACAAGGAAUGGAUCAGGACCUGCCUCUCUCCCAAGAGCCUCAGGGGAAUGCAAAUGCCUCCUCCCACACCAGCUCCCUCAACCUGACCUUUGCCACACCUCUCCAGCCACAGUCAGUACAGAGGCCUGGUUUGGCCCGCAGACCUCUCACCCGCCGAGCUGUAGAUGUGGGUGCAUUUUUACAGGACCUGAAAGAUACUUCCCUGGCCUUGGCUCUUCCAGGUGACAACUGCCAAACGCCUGUUGCUGCCCCACCAGCGGACAUGGUAUUGGAGGACACACAGCCCUUCUCCCAGCCUUCGGUUGGCCUUUCCCCCAGAGUGCCCCACUCCCUGCCGUGCCCCGCUCCCAUGGGAGUUAAAGAUGCUGAGAGGCCUGUUGGUCACGGGGCAUGGCACAGCAGGCCUGAGCUGCAGAACAACAGUGAUGAGGAGCCAGCCCAACUUCUGGCAGGAAAGGCAGGGGAAGCCAGUGCCCUUGCUGCGAACUUCCCAAAUACCAGCAGCAAUGUCUCUGGUGAAGAUGGAGUCGAGCCUUUACAGAGUGAAGUCGUGGAGGAGGCAAAAGAAAGGAUGGGAGAAAGCUUAAGUGUGAACAAAGCAAAGGAGGCAACAGUAGCACAGGAGUCUCCCGGUGCAGAAGAACAUGAGGGAGACACAGAUAUGACAGAAACGGACGCGUCCUGGGAGGCUGUUGAGGCCGAGGUGCCAGAAGAAUCUUCAGGGAAUGAGGACGCCACUGGCAGGAGAGCAAGUCCAGAGUUGGCCUCCAGUAUCAUCCCUGAGUUUCUUCGGGCCAGACAAUGUCAGCUUCUUGAGCCAGCUGCACCACCUAGGCCUGCAGUUUUACCUCUAGAGCAUCCAGAACCUCUGCCAGCCAGGCUUCCUCCCAGAGCCCGACUCCCCAGGCUCCGCCAAGAUUCCUACAAGGCUGGGUUGAGCCACUAUGCAAAACUCUUUAGCUUCUAUGCUAAGAUGCCCAUGGAGAAGAAGGCUUUUGACAUGGUGGAGAAGUGCCUGGACAAAUACUUCCAGCAUCUUUGUGAUGACCUAGAGGUAUUUGCUGCUCAUGCCGGGCGCAAGACUGUGAGACCAGAGGACCUGGAGCUGCUGAUGAGAAGGCAGGGCCUGGUCACCGACCGAGUCUCCCUGCAUGUGCUUGUGGAGCGGCACCUGCCCCUGGAGUAUCGGCAGCUCCUCAUCCCUUGUGCAUUCAGUGGCAACUCUGUCUUCCCGGCCCAGUAGUGGUCGGACCUCAGUACCUGUCCUUUUGCCACACGGGACCCUUUGGCCCACAUACCCUUCUAGGGCACCUCCCCACCCCCAGCAUCAAUAAAUGUCACAAACAGA